GUGAACAUUUGAGCUACAUUGAAAUGUCAUCUCCCAAAUGCCGGACAGAAAAUGGAAUCCAGCCACUCACCCAUUUUGACAAGGUUAGCUCACACUAUCCACAGAUACCUGAGGAACAGCUGGAAGAAAACUUGGAAUUGCAGCAUCCCGACCCCCUCAAGGCUUUGCACCAGUUAGCCGACUUGGGCUUCCCCCUAAACAAGCUACGGGAUCGGCUGAGGUCUGGUCUCUCAUUCAAGCAGAAAGUGGUUGAACUGGAGACACGGCAAAAGACCUUGGAGAACAUCGUGUCGGUCCUCAGUCGGGAACUGGACAGAAGGGAGGAGGUCCCUGGAGACAGGCUGGGAGAGGCCAUGGCUAGGAUCCUCUGCCUGGAGGAAAAGGUGGAACAACAAGACGCUCUCUUGGCCCUGAAGGAUAUGAUGAUCAGCAACUUAGCAGCCCGGGUCCACACCCUGGAGCAAACCACAUAUGAUGGACAUUUCCUCUGGAAGGUCCCCGAGGUGGGGUUCAGAACUCGGGAGGCACAAAUCGGCAACAGGCCUGCCCUGUACUCCCCCUGGUUUUACACCAGCCGCUAUGGUUACAAACUCAGCCUCAAACUCUUCCUGAAUGGAGAUGGGACAGGAGCCGGGACCCACCUCUCCCUCUUCCUUGUUCUGAUGAAAGGGGAACAUGAUUUCCAGCUUAAGUGGCCUUUCCGACACAAGGUCACCUUCACUCUCUUGGAUCAAGUCAACAAGCAGCACAUCUCCACCUCCUUCCGUCCCUUGGAAUCGUCAUCCUCCUUCCAGCGCCCUGUGAAAGAAGUCAACGUGGCCAGUGGACUCCCCGAGUUCUGCCCUUUGAACGUGCUCCAUGCCCAAGGAGCCAAUUAUAUCUGCAAUGACACAUUAGCCAUUCAAGCUGUGAUAGACAUGAAAGUCUAGACUUGCGAACUUUCUUCAUCCUGAACUGGAGACUCGAGCACCAGACAUAGAAGAGGGGUUUCAAGAUGGUCUCCAGAGACACUACAGUAUUCUUGAAGGUGUCUUCUCAAGACAGGCACAAUUGAAGAAAGGAUGUUUUUGGAAGCCUUUCUUUCAAGAAGGCUCCCUUGCAAUAACCUAAUAGCCUGGCAGUGCAUGCGCUGCAAUAGCAGAGAGAAGAAACCUAAAUUCUACGUUCUAACAUGAGACACGUGUGUUUAAAUAUAUGUAAUUUAUUCCAAUAGCAGUAUGCAAGGUUGUGCUUUGUUGAUGGAUUGCAUUGUUGUCUGUAAAAUUCAUAAUAGUCUGGGGCAAGGACAAGGAUGGAAGAGGCAAGGAGGAAUGAACUCAAAGUAGUUCCUUUUAAAAGAUACAUGGCAUGUAAGUGUUCCCAACUGGUUGGGACCUGGCUGAUGGUACAACAGGCAUAUUGCUGGUUUCGGACAUGCUUGCGCUUUUCCUAAAAACCCAGGUCUGCAGUUUGGGUGUGUUCCUGGAUGCCCAAGUGCUUUUUAGCAGCUGCAUCCUUUCCUGGAGAAUAACUCAGCUAAUGUAAUUCAUGUUUUGGUGACAGCCAGAUAGGAUUACUGCAGAGGCUGUCAAACUUGGGUCCCCAGAUGUUAUUUGGCUAUCACUCCCAUCACCUCCAGCCAUUGGCAAAGAUGGGAUUUGUAUGUGGGGACCCAAGUUUGAGAACUCCUAGAUUACAGCUAUGCCUUCUAUAAGGGGCUGCCUUUGAACAGCUUUCAGAAACCACAACUGCUGAAAAGAUGACCACCACCAAGCUGUUAACGUGGGCUGACUGCAGGAAAGUAUGAUGCCAAGUUUGAAACAGCCUUGUAGGAUUCUGCAUUCAACUGAAAGAGCUGCUUUGACCUUCAAAGCCCUAAAUGAUCUGGGCCUAGGCUAUCUUCUCGCAUAAGAACUCAUACUCUAAGAUUAUCCUCCGAAUGCCUACUCUGUAGCAUACAGCGGAUGGUUCUCUUGGACAAGGCCUUUUGUGUGGUAGCACCAAGGAUGUGGAAUUCCUUCCUGGGGAAAGUUUGCUCUGUCCCCCUGUUCCUGGCUAAGGUACCUCGCUUUCAGAGAUCCUUUACAGGGGGCAGGUCUCAGUUUAUUUAGGGAAUUGCUGGCUUUGCUCUUGGCUCUUUUUUACUUGAUAAUUCAUUGUUCUCACUUGAAUGUUACAUUACAUUGGAGACCCCUUUGUAGACAUGUUGGGCCAAAAGUAAAAGUACAUUAAUAAAGCACAUAAACAAUUGAACAAGGGUAUCUUUUCCCUUCACUGCUUUUCGAUGCCAGGAGCUGUACCUGUUCAUUUGCUGCCUGCCAUGCAUUACAAAU